AUGGCUGGCACGCAGACCCCUAUCGGCCGCCCCAACAUGGAAGACAACAACUUCAUCCUGUUUGGGCAAUCCUCAGAGCACAUGGGCGAGCAGGUGGACCAGCCAGAAGGGUCGGGCCGCCAGCAAAAUCAGGAGCAGUCGUCGGCGUCGGUCGGUCGGGCGCUGUUCCGCGAAGUCAACCACCUCCUCCUCGACAUGCAAGCGAGAACCCUUUUCGGCGCACUGCAAAAGACCGACCGCACGCAGGAAAGCCGCCGCGAGAUCAGCGGACUGGAGAAGGCCCUCCGCAACCUGCGCCAGGCCGUCGUGGACCAAGACAACGCGCCGAUCGUGCGCCACUUGGAUGGCAGGGUCACAGUCCCGACCGGGACAUGGAUUCACCGCUGGCGGGACCUGCAGGGUGAAUACCAUGUCACCCCCUACAAGCCGCCCAAGACCAACCCCGCCGGAUACCCCUACCAGGAUAGGGCUGACGGAGCACCGACGCUGCGCCAGGUUGCCAAAUCCCUCGACUGGCAGCUCCACAGCGAUCCACGAUGUCACAUGGCCGACCUGGAAUGGUGCGUGGUGUGCGGGGCCUACCACUACGCCCAGGAGGUCAGGAGCGUCGACAUGCUGCUGUGGGAGACCUUUGGCGACGAGAACGGGCUGCUGCCGGACGAGUACCUCAGCGGCCAAGCCCUACAAAUGCCGUCGCUGCCCAUGUGUUUGGAGUGGGCGCAGUUCUGGGACUGGGGCAUCAUCGCUCUGGUACCUGGCCGUACCCCUGGCAGCUGGAUGAUCAAGGUAGUGCAUCCAGACUUUAUCCAGUUCAUGGCCAGCAACUACCCUGGCUCCGAGGGCCGCGAGAUCAGCACGAGCCCGUCGUGGCAGCCCAACCCGCGCCACCUGUACCUGCGCUGGGCAGUCGCGGAGCUUCUCCGGAUCCAUGAUGAUGGCAUCGCGCGGCCCGUGACGCCGGCACGCGGCGUCCUGUACUGGGAGAAGGGAAUCGUCGACUACGAGACGGGGCCGCUGGGAUGCGACUUGACCAUGGUCAUCACGUGGUUGGGGUGCGAGCUGGCCGGUCUGUCGCCCGAGGAGACGUACGCGCUCCUUGACAUCCCGGAGGACCUGGCAAAGCGCGCCAAGGACCAGCUGGAGAUGAAGUGGGCGAGGCAGUUCUGGAUGCCGCGGCUCAAGAAGUUCGUCGACGCAUACCUGGCGUGGAACGCCGAAGUCGGCAAGGCCUUGGCGCAGUACAGGCUGCAGAUGGGGAUCUCAUCCGAGGUGAGCCGGGAUGAGCAUUUCGAGGCGGAGCGGCGGCUCUGGACGGUUCUCGAGGGGAUACUUGGGGAUGAGGACGAGGAGCCACGGGAUGCCGAGCAGCAGGAGGAGGCUGAAGGCCAAGACGAGGAGGUGGCUGAUGAGGAGGAGACUGACGAGAAGAUGGUCCACCAGGAGCAGAGUGCUCAGGUGGACGUCGAGGUACAGGAGGAGGAGGAGGAGACUGACUCCGAGGAGGAAGAGGAGACGGAGACUGAGGAUGAGGAGGAAGAGGAGACCGACGACGGCGCCGAGGAACAACUCGAGUUCCAAAGCAGUGAAUACGAUGCCGACAUCGAGGAUUACUUUGAUGAUUGGGGCGAGGAUGAAGGAAGCAACUGGAACGAGACCACCGACGAUGACGAGGAUCGGGCCACAACCACCGACGAGGAGGAGGAGGAUGAUGCUUGGAUGCUCCGCGGAGUGUUAGAGCUUAUCCAAGUCCUCUCAAGAGGGGUUAUGGAGGCUGCACUGGAAUGA